AACAACAGUACCUUCAAUAAAAACAAAAUGUUCACCUACAUCUGUGCCGUCCUCAUCGUUGCCAGCAACGUUCAGGUAAUGCUGGCAGAAAUCCCCGAGGCUCUGAGUGUUCGGAGUCCCAUUUGUCAACAGAAAAAUGGAUACUACAAAGUGGAUGCUAGCUGUGACGCCUACAUUGAGUGCCUUAAUUACCAAGCCAUUGAAAUGAUCUGCCCCGAUGGUCUGCAUUACGACCCUCAAUCUAAAUGGCCUGGCUACCCCUGCGGCUACCCCAUGGAUGUGCCCUGUGUAGGCCGUGGUGCUUCCCAACCAGCUCAGCCAACAGCAGAAUGCCCUCACCAGUACGGUUACUUCCCAUCACCCCUCGCCAAGGAAAACUGCGGCCAGUACCGCAUGUGUGUCGGUGGCCAGGCACUGGAAAUGGUCUGCCCCACUGGUCUAGCUUUCAACCCUGAAUCCGGUCGGUGCGACUGGCCUGACCAGGUCCCCUCAUGCAAAGUUGAAGAUUUCCUUCGGUUCUCCUGCCCUGCACCUCCCGUUGAUGCUGACGGUGCCCCCUUGGAUAUCGUCCUUAACUACAAAUAUAACGAUAACUGCUACUACUUCUUCUCAUGUGAGAAGGGACGUGCGCGGUUACUCUCCUGUGAUGAAGGUCUUGCCUUUGAUCCCGCUUCGGGCCAGUGCAUCGAAGCUGAAUACGUCAACUGUGGUCCUAGCCAUUAAAAAAUAAAUAGUCAAUUAAAUUGAAGUUUAAAUAAAAAUAUUUCUUUGCAAA